AUGGUUGAAGAAGAGCAUGGAACCCCAGGACUGUUAGAAUCGGAUGAUGAAGUGCAGUUUUGGGGAUUUGGAACUGUUAGUAAAAACAAUAACGAGCCUCUGCCUGAGUAAGUAUUAAUGUAUCAUAGUUAUACCUGAAUGUAUUUUUAGUAAUCUGGCUUACAAAACAUAAAAAAGAACCGUGGUCAUGUUCGCACCGAAUUAAAUUCACGUAAAGUAUAUUUCAGAAUUUUUAAUUAAGCAGGCAGUAUAUUUCAAUACAAGUAUAUUUCAGAAUUUUUAAUUAAGCAGGCAGUAUAUUUCAAGACAAGUAUAUUUCAGAAUUUUUAAUUAAGCAGGCAGUAUAUUUCAAGACAUAUCACAUGUAUAUCUCCCGGCUUCACCAUUCAUAUAUACAGAUUACAGAAUGCAUGCAAUGCAUGGAUUGUAUUGAGAUCAGUCAAGCUAGCAACAUAAUUUUCUCGACUUACACAACGUAUUAAAAUUACUUCGCCAAUGGCAUUCCUAAGUAACUCGAUCAUUUUUUAAGCAAUUUAAAACAAUCGCAGUUCGUUUUUAAUCAGACCGCCUUGUAUCUUUAUAUCUGAUAAAACACUGUUUCUCUUGUUUCAAAUAGUACACCGAAAUGUGCCGAAGCUUUGAUCGCUGAAAGUAUGUGGUCGGCAGUCAAUCAGGAUGCUCAAAGUCCACUUUUCCAUACUGAAAUUACACUAAAAUAAGAUACUGUAUUUACUAAACCUACUCGUCGAAAGUCGUCAAAGCAAUAAUUUAGUAAAAUAUUGCUAUAAAUUUCAUGGUUGUUUUUGUACUGUGUAUAGUUUCAUGAUAAUGAAAUUUAUUUUCAAUAGCUUAGUGCACAAUAAAGUUAAAGUUUAUGUAAAUCAAGUAGAAUCUUUAUCACAUAUAAUAUAUCUUUGAGCAAUCUGAUUGGCCAAUGAAACAGGAAGUUAGCAACAUUUUAAGGAACUGAUAAAAUUGUUGAGGAAUUAACCUGCGUGGCAGGCCCUCAGAGGAUUCCUCCCCCGUGCCCGCCAGAAUUCUGCCCGUUGCAAAUCAGGCCCCCAUAAUAGUGAGGGUCUGCCACGCAGGCUAUUGAGGAAUUGUACAGAGGUGUUGCUUCAAGUUAGGAAAUGAAUUGGUCAACAUUUUUCGGAACGCUUCUAUUGGCACAAUCUCGUUCCCAGAGUAUGCCUGUUCGCGGGUUAUGUAGUGGCAUGAUUACAUAACCCACGAACAGGCAUACUCUGGGAACGAGAUUGCUAUUGGCACAACUGUAAUGAGUUUUUGAAGUAUAUUUAAAGUUCAUAUCUCGUUUGAUAUUUAUUUAAAACAUUUUAUAUGAACAACAGUUCCACCGUUGUAGUCAGUGUAAUAAAUUUUAUGAAAAUUUGUAAGUUUGAUUGUAAUACUAAGGAUAAGCUACGUUUAGUAAGAUUUUAUCCUAAUAGCUAGUGACUUUUGUUUAAAAUGGGAAGCGAGAUUGUUAAUAAUAAGUGUUGAUGUAAUAAAACCAUGUUUAAUUUGGCGACUCAGGAGAUAUCAUUAAUUUUGCCUUAUUUUCACCGAUCACAGCCUCGCAAACUUUAGCCCUAUAUUUUAUAACUCCUUUGAUUUUCUAUUAAAAUUGCUUAAUUAAAGGGUAGUGUUGAGCUUUGGUUUCAGCGUUUGUACUUGUUGCAUGUUUCAAACAUUAGAUGAAUCAGAGGAAAUAGUGGUAAGGGUAACAGGAAGAAAUUAACAACAUAUUUCUAUGGACAGUUUUAGUUUGAAUUACCCAGAGGAUGAAGAUGUACAGGAAGUGGACAGCUGCUUAGACCAUUAUUAUGCCUCCAUUCUGAAGGAUGGUGAUUCAACUGCCCUUUGUUAUGAAGAACAGGACAGCAUCACAUUUAAUGGUGACAAUAAUGAGAUUUUUCGCGACUACAAAACAACAGCAGAGGACGUUCGUGCACAACCUGGUGUCCCAAAGAAAGAACUGCACAAACUUCUUGACGGUUUGGCAAAGGAAAUCGACUACACAUCCAUAUCUAAAUUCAAAAUUUCUCGAAGUUUUGUAUGGGAAGGAGCAAAAAGAGCUCUAACGCGAAAGUCAUUUUGUGCAAAAAACAAGAUGUCUGUAAAAUUUACAGAUGACAUCGGCAACAGCGAGGGAGCCGUUGACUUGGGUGGACCUAUGAAGGAAUUUUCGCACUAG